AUGGCUGCGGCCGCAUCAAUAGCAUCAUCACGAACUCAAACGACACAGGAUUAUGGCUCGAGUGCCCUUCAUUGGGAGGCUCUUCUGGCAGGUACUCCCGAACUACUGACCCUGCAUGAAUCUAACAGCUAUAGGCGUGAGUACCUGGCAUUACUAGGAUCUCUCGUUCUUGUCGCCUUUGAAGCAUUCAUUCGCAUCAUUACUCUUGGCCUGCCGCAACCGAUCAUUCGUUUCUGCUAUAAUACUUCAAAGAAGCUAUUCAAUCGGCUCUCCUCCCCAAAAUCGAAGCAGGCGCGGCAAAAGAACAAAGCAAUCUCUCAUUCAAUCGCAACUUGCGCGGAUUUCACGGAACUGUGUGCGCUCUUUGGAUACUAUGCCGAAGAACAUGUCGUUCAGACUGGAGACGGAUACUUGCUUGGAGUGCACCGACUUCCUCUCGCAAAGGGAGAAGAGGCUGACCAUGUGCGGGUCAACGCCGGUCCAGAGUCCACCAGCAAACCUGUUGUCUAUCUUCACCAUGGAUUACUCAUGAACAGUGAGGUGUGGGUGUGCUUAACGGAAGAGGAGCGGUGUUUGCCAUUCGCCUUGGUCAACCAGGGCUACGAUGUAUGGCUUGGGAACAACAGAGGCAACAAAUACAGCAAAAAAUCCACGCAAUUCUCUCCGACAUCCCCAAGGUUCUGGAACUUCUCUAUGGAUGAAUUCGCGUUCCACGACAUUCCUGACACCAUCGACUACAUCCUAAACACCACUUCGCAACCUACUUUGUCCUACAUCGGGUUCAGUCAGGGCACUGCACAGGCCUUUGCUACACUUUCCAUCCACCCAGGCUUAAAUGAAAAAGUCAACGUCUUCAUUGCUCUAGCACCAGCCAUGUCACCCGCAGGCCUGAACAAUGGCAUUGUUGAUUCGCUGAUCAAAGCCAGCCCAGAUGUCCUCUUCCUCGCCUUUGGCAGAAAAUCGAUCCUGUCCUCGGCCACCAUGUGGCAGUCCAUACUGUAUCCGCCAAUAUUUGUCAGGCUCAUCGAUAUGUCACUCGGCUUCUUAUUUGCCUGGUAUGGUAGAAAUAUGUCGGCGCACCAGAAACUAGCCGCCUAUCCACAUCUGUACAGCUUCACCAGUACGAAGUCUGUUGUUCAUUGGUUUCAAAUUAUCCGGAACAAGUCUUUUCAGAUGUAUGACGAUGAUACUUCCAAUGCUCUGAGCAUCGGAGCAAGCAACAGGUAUUACAAAGUUGCGAAAUUCCCAACCCGUAACAUCAAAACCCCGAUCCUACUUGUAUAUGGCGGAAGCGAUUCUCUGGUCGACAUUAGAGUCAUGCUCAAAGAACUGCCGAGACACACCAUGGCCGUCGAAGUUCCGCACUUCGAGCAUCUGGACUUCCUUUGGGCGCAAGAGGUCGACAAGCUCGUCUUUCCCCACGUUUUCGAAUCACUCAAGCAUUAUGCGGUCGACGGUCGAUCUGAUCGAGCGCUUGCGCUCACCUUGAAGGAUGUAGCGCAAUUCCACCGACGUCAGAACAGCGGCAGCAUAGGCUGGUCGGAGGAUGAAGCGUCAUAUUCAGACCUGGAUCCGCACAGUCCCGAAAUAAAGAGCUACGCGCAGCGUCAGCGUGAGAGCCAGUAUGGCGUCAGACCUUCACAAGCAAUGGCAUCCCCAACUCCGCCUUGGACAGAUGAUUACAGGCGUUCGACUCUUGAGCUUGCCGAUAUCCAACCUCCGCGAACGCCUGUCGCGCAGCUUAAUGGAGCAUCUCAGACAGGCGAUGCUUCCGACGGAGGGUCAGAUAUCGAAUCCUCGGGCAAGGCUGGCAAAGUUCAGGGCCACCACCCGCCUGAAAAGCGGCCUGGAUCAAGCUCUGGACGCGACUCACCUGCUACGCAGCCGACCUUCGGAUUGAGAGGUAUCAGUGUCGGCACAUCGAGGCCUAGUACCAUUACAACAACACCUGAAUAA